AUGUCCCCAUCACGAACCACAGCAACAACAACAACCCUCUCCCUCCUCGCCAAAACAAUCGACCACUCCCUCCUGCACCCCACCCUAACCGACGCCGACCUCGCCCGCGGCCUCGCCCUCUGCAUAAAACACUCCGUCGCAAGCGCCUGCAUAAAACCCUACCACGUCCCCCUCGCCAAAACCACCCUCAAAAACACCUCCGUCCUCGUCUGCGCCGUCAUCGCCUUCCCACACGGCAACAGCGCCACGGAGAUCAAAGUCGCCGAGGCGGAGCUCGCCGUGCGGCAAGGCGCGGAUGAGGUGGAUAUGGUGGUGAACGUCGGGAAGGUGCUGAGUGGGGAGUGGGAUUACGUGGAGGGGGAGAUCCGGCGGGUGAACGAGAGCGUCGUGCGCGGCGGCGGCGCGGUGUUGAAGGUGAUUUUCGAGAACGACUACCUCCUUCCGGAACAUAUCGUGCGGCUCUGCGAGGUUUGCUCCGCGGUGGGGGUGGCGUUUGUGAAGACGAGUACGGGGUAUGGGUUUGUGAAGCGGGAGAACGGGUUGUAUAGUUAUAAGGGGGCGACGGUGGGGGAUUUCAGGCUUAUGAGGGGGGCUUGCAAGCCGGGGAUGGGGAUUAAGGCGGACGGGGGUGUGAGGACUUUGGAUGAUUUGUUGCAUGUGAGGGAGUUGGGGGUUGCGAGGAUUGGGGCGACGGCUACGGAGCAGAUUUUGGAGGAGGCUGUAAGGAGGGGGGUUGGGGAGGAGUUGAAGACGGUGGAGUUUAGGCCGAUGGAGGGGGCGGGGGAUGGUGGGUAUUAG